GGGUGCCCUGCGCCACAGCCCGCGCGCCCUCAGUUUCUCGCUCGCCACCCGCCUGCCCGCCAGCUCCCUUGCUUGCUCGAGCUUUCGGUCGCCCUCUGCUCGCGGAUCGAGGGGCCUCUGCCCACAGCCUGCGGCUGGGAAGGGAAACGGAGAAGGCGGCUCAGGGGAAACGAAGCUGCACUGGUGGUACUGGAAAGAUGUCGGGCGAAGACGAGCAGCAGGAGCAAACUAUCGCCGAGGACCUGGUCGUGACCAAGUAUAAGAUGGGGGGCGACAUCGCCAACCGAGUACUUCGAUCUUUGGUGGAAGCAUCCAGCUCAGGUGUGUCGGUAUUGAGCCUAUGUGAGAAAGGUGAUGCCAUGAUUAUGGAAGAGACAGGAAAAAUCUUCAAGAAAGAAAAGGAAAUGAAGAAAGGUAUUGCCUUUCCUACCAGCAUUUCGGUAAAUAACUGUGUAUGUCACUUCUCCCCUUUGAAGAGUGACCAGGACUAUAUUCUCAAGGAAGGUGACUUGGUAAAAAUUGACCUUGGGGUCCAUGUGGAUGGCUUCAUUGCUAAUGUGGCUCACACUUUUGUCAUUGGUGUGCCUCAGGGGACCCAAGUAACAGGGAGGAAAGCAGAUGUUAUUAAGGCAGCUCACCUAUGUGCUGAAGCUGCCUUACGCUUAGUCAAACCUGGAAACCAGAAUACACAAGUGACAGAAGCCUGGAACAAAGUUGCCCACUCAUUUAAUUGCACACCAAUAGAAGGUAUGUUGUCACAUCAGUUGAAGCAGCAUGUCAUCGAUGGAGAGAAAACCAUUAUCCAGAACCCCACAGACCAGCAGAAGAAGGACCAUGAAAAAGCUGAAUUUGAGGUACAUGAAGUAUAUGCUGUGGAUGUUCUUGUCAGCUCAGGAGAGGGCAAGGCCAAGGAUGCAGGACAGAGAACCACCAUCUACAAACGAGACCCCUCCAAACAAUAUGGCCUGAAAAUGAAAACUUCUCGUGCCUUUUUCAGUGAAGUGGAAAGGCGUUUUGAUGCCAUGCCAUUUACUUUAAGAGCAUUUGAAGAUGAGAAGAAGGCUCGGAUGGGUGUGGUGGAGUGUGCCAAACAUGAGCUGCUGCAACCAUUUAAUGUUCUCUAUGAGAAGGAAGGUGAAUUUGUUGCCCAGUUUAAAUUUACAGUCCUGCUCAUGCCCAAUGGCCCCAUGCGGAUAACCAGUGGUCCCUUUGAGCCUGACCUCUACAAGUCGGAAAUGGAGGUUCAGGAUGCAGAGCUAAAGGCUCUCCUCCAGAGUUCUGCAAGUCGGAAAACCCAGAAAAAAAAGAAAAAGAAGGCCUCCAAGACUGCAGAGAAUGCUACCAGCGGGGAAACACUAGAAGAGAAUGGAGCUGGGGACUGAGGUGGGUCCCAUAUCCCCAGCUUGCCGCUCCUGCCUCAUCCCCUCCCACUACACCCAGGCUCUGCAGAGUGCAGUUUGACCUCUCCAUCCAGGACCGCCAGCAGAGCAGGGUCUCCCUGCCCCAACCCCAGUCCCCCAACUCACUCCCCUCCACUGACAACAACCAGCUCCAACUGACUGGUCUUGGGAGGCCAGGCUUCCCAGCCACCGAAGACUACUUUAAAUAGAGAAAAAGAAAUUGAAUAAUAAAAUCAGGAGUCAAAUUCAUCGUCUUCAAGCCCCUCUUUCUAGCCUUUUCUACUAUUUUGCUUGGUCAAAGUUUGUGGCCCUACAACAGAAAUUAAAAACCACCAUUAAAAACUCAGCUGAAAUUUUUAUACUACUCUGAUAUCAACAUUUUCUCAUCGGUUGUUUGGGGCUUAUUUUUCCUCGUUUCACAUUCCCUCAAAACUUUACCCUCACAAUUAAGAGGGAGCUGUUCUUCAAAAGGUUUUUAUUCCAUGUGACAGAUUCCAAAUCUGAUCCAGGCUGCCUAGUUAGGCCCCUCCCAUUUUUAGGAGCUGAAGUCUCUCCAUUUAUGAAGAGGUUGUCAUCUGUCAACUGGAUCUUCACUUGUGAACCUUUUUAGUCAUUUUCUUCUGCAGGGUCUUUUUUUCCUCGCCCCAGUUUUCACAAAGCUGUAAGAAGUAAUCCAUCUCAAGUAUGCCCUAUUCUCUGGAGUCAGUGGGGCCGUCUCACUCCAACUUACACAAAUCUAAGCGGAAGUUCAGGUGAUUUUGUUCCCUGUUUGAGAUAUUUUGACUUCACUUCCUUGAAGGAAAAACCAGGAACCUGAGGAAUAUACUGACUUGAA